AUGAUUUUUGCAUCUCUUCUGCUUUCUAUGGGCACAUGGGCAGCGGUUGUCCUCCAAGCAACCGCUGUUCCCCAUGGCCCAUCCAACAAAAACAUCCGCCGACAGGAGGACGCCUGCGGCCCAGUUGCGAAGUACACGGAGAAUCCCUCCAUUGAAAAAUGGAACCAGGCCGACACCGAUAACUGGCUUGAGAAAUGGUGGACUGUGAACGCCGCCAGGCGGACGAGCAACGCACACGGAUUCGCUGGUGCUUUCGGCCAAUAUGCACUAGGCCAGCCCGGCUGGUCGUGCCAGAACAACGGCAACGACGGCAACUGUGAGAUCCCGGUCUGCGAUAACCCCAAGCUCAACGCCCUAGGCAACAACACCGAGGAGGCAUACUAUGUUCUGCAGGCAAUCAACAACCUCCAUGGCUUCUUCCUCGGUCUGGAUGAGUCGUUCAAUAUCCCUGCCGUGGUUGCGGCCCUGGACAACGAUGAGAUAGUGAAUAACUUCUGGUUCGACGAGAACAACUGGGAUUCGACGCUCUUGAAGCAGCUCCUGAAUAUAUUCGGUACCCUGCUUGCCCUUCUUGCUGGCGCCUUGGCUGCACCUGCUCUCGCAGCGACUCUGGCGGGUAGUGUGCCCGCCAUUGUGGCAUCAAGCUCGGCUUUGGUUACCGGUGGAAUAAAUGCAGCCGGCAUAUCCAUUUCUUCGGUGACCUCAAAUGAUAUUACACAGUCAAAUCUCGGCCAUAUGAUGGGACAGGCAGUGAAUAGUAUCGCUGGCUCAUUUGUGAGUAUCAACAACGAGCUGAUGUUCGGUAAUGGCUACGGAAACUCUGGCGAUAUCCGCAAAUAUCUCCAGGGUGGAGCGUGGGUUGACUACCCGGGAUUGCAGAAGAACGGAGCUCGUGAUACGAUGAUCGCUCUCAUUCAGUCCAUGAUGAUCAAUUCUCUUUGGCGCAUGCAGCGUGUUUUCAUUCUUGGCGGCGGCGCUUGCGGCGAUGGCCAGGGCAUCGGCCAUGGUAUUUCUGCCCCCGACGACAAUUAUAUCUGCGAUGAGGACAACCGCGCCUGGUACCUAUACUUCUGGCAGAAGGAGAGUGGUGGUGGCGUAAAGAGGAAGCCUCAGGGAUGGGUUUCUCGGCCCUGGGGGUCUGAUCGCAUGGGUGCAUCUCCUCGGUUAGAGACGGAGGGCGGCUCUGGGCCAUUCUGGAAGAAUCUCAAACCACAGGACGCCAUCAAGUCCUCUCUCAAGUCCUUCCGGGCUGCUGGAAACAACUACACCCAGGACACCUUUACCAAUCGUGUGGGUGAUAUGUUCGCUUCAGAACUUCACUCAGACGGUGCGAGCAUGGAAGGUCUUUGGACUAUCCCCGUGUGCGAUAUCAGUAAAACCAUUGACCCCAGCUUCCGUUACUCCCGGAAGGGGGGUAUCCUCCAUCCGUACGGCUGGGACGAACGUCCAGACUGGUGCGGGCCGAUCUGUGAAAAUGAUAAGGAUAAGACGGCGGAGUUCUUCAGGGCGGCCAACUUCAAGGAUGACUUUAACAAGCCCUUCCAGCAUUCAUGUGGCAAUCAGUAUUUGGAUGUGGACGACGCUACCAGCCUUUGGUGGGAUUGGACUACUGGCAAAUCGUGGUAUCGUAACCAGCCAUAUAACCACUAG